CAGGGCAGAUUUUGGCGAGAGUGAGCCCUCUCGCAUCGCCUCUUCCUCUCUGCUGAAUCUAGCGAGCGAAACAGCGGCCCUCUAUUUUACUAGAUGUAACCCAUGUGUCUGAUGCUGUCUGGCCAGAAAUGCCAUACUCCUUUUGUCCAGACAGCAUCCGAUGUCUGGUCCGGACCGACCCAAUUUGGGUUGUGUUCCCCUGUUCAGACGUUGCAUGCAUCAACCAAUGGUUGCAUGCCACGUCAUCAACUGUGAUGUCUGGCACCAGAAUGCUAUAACAUAUGAUGUGGUUAGCUGAUAGACGUCUUUUCAAUUGAAUUUGGCUCACUGGGAAGGGCGUGUACAAGGUGAUGGACUGGCUGGAGGCAGAGAGGCCUCACAGCAUCAAGCUGUUCUGGAGCUGUGUAUUCAGGGACCACCUCCUUCAGCAGUACCCCACGUUACACCUGCUACGAAACAGCCUGCUGGACGGGUCAUCCAGAUUGUAUGCGAAACUGCCACAGAACUUGGAGAAAGAAGAGAAGGAGGAAGAGGAGAAAGAGGAGAAGGAAAAGAAGAGGAAGGCCCCGGGGGAGGGAGAAGAGAAGGAGGAGGGGGAGGAGGAAAAGAAGACAGGAAAGAAAAAGAGGAAACAGAAGAUAAGUGAGAGUGCUAAGAAGGAGGAGCAGCCCAGCACGUCCACACAGUCCACCCCCAGUCAGAAGAGGAAAGUCCAGAGGCCACCCUACUGGACGUGUGGGAAGAGUACCCAUACGGCGCAGCGCUGGGUGACCCCGGUGGAGCUCCCGGUCACCUGUGGGGACAAAGAGGGCAUGCUCAACAGGGACAAGCUGGCCAAAGGGGAGAGUUGCAUUGUGGUCCAGGGUUUCUGGUUCACCCCAAGUGGCUUUGAGGAGUUUGGGGGGAAGAAGAGCAGUAAGAACUGGAAGUACAGUAUCCGCUGUAGAGACACCACUCUGGGAAAACUGAUCCAGGAAGGUCAUUUAACUUCACCAGGCUUUAAAAGAAGAAAGAGUGCACAGGCCAAGAGAGCACCGUUCCCCUCCAACCAAUCAGCGAACUCAAUCACAGUGUCAGACUCAAAACCUGAGGAAGAUGACGAUGAUGAUGAGGAGAAGUUUGAGGAUGAAGAAGAGGAAGCUGAGCAGGAAAGGCAGAAGAUGCAGAUAGGAGAGCAGGCAAACACGGCUGAAGGAGAGAGCAGUACAGGAGGCAGCCAUGGUGUUGUGAAAAAGUCUGUCUUCAAAGUCACCUGUGGGGCCAUCAAUGGAAUGCUACAUAAGGAUCGGUUUGCAUCAGGGUUGUGUGGGAAGAGUAUCCGUACAAAGAAGCGCUGGGUGACACCAGUGGAGUUUGUGAGGGAGGAGUCAGCCCUGCCAGAUCCCUCCUGGAAGAAAGUCAUCCAGUGGGACGGGAAACCACUCAGCGUCCUCAUCAAGAGUGGGGUUUUGGGAAUCCACUCCGUCCAGUGUCCAUGCAAGCUGUGCAGCACCACGACCAAAGACGUGCACGAUCAGGACAACGAUGACGACUGCUUCAUCUGUAGGAGCCAGGGCAGCUUGAUAUGCUGUGAUAAGUGUCCUCUCUCUUUCCAUCAGAGAUGUCACCUUCCUAAUGUGGAUGACGCUAUGCUGGGGGAUAAUAUUCAGUGGAUGUGUACAUUCUGUGUACUGAGGGACAGUCAGUCGUGGCAUUACCCCAAACAAAGGACCUACCAGGAAGCCUUGACCUGCCAAAUCUCUGACCACCAACUGGAAUGCCACUACCUCCUGCUGUAUCUGUACCACGAGGACAAGGACAGCAUCUUUGUGAAAGAUCCUUGCAUCAAUGUGAGAAACUACACCAGUAUGAUAAAGACUCCGAUGUGGCUGGACAGGGUUGUGGAGAAGCUGCAGCAGAAUCUCUACCAGUCAGUGCAACACUUUGAGUGUGACGUGUUGCUUAUCUUCACCAACUGUGCCACGUUCAACAGGGACAAUGCAGAGUUCCGUGGGAUGGGCGAAAGAUUGAAGAAUCUAUUUGAGAGAGAGUUCAAGAGUACAUUCAGCAUCCAACUGUAGCAUCCAACUGCAUCUAACAUCCAGUAGAGCCUUCAUCAUGAAGUCUGCACCAUUAUUUUACUAUGAAACAAGAGGGAAUAUACAAGAUGCCUUGAGAGAUAUACUACAAAUCAAGAUCAAGUAGUUAUUUAGCCAGCUAACUUUGAUAAGCAACCAGAAAUAACUACAGAAUUUCUGGUUCAUUAAGAAAGAUAAACUUAUAUACAUGUAUGCAUUUUUGGUUGUUAAGUCAAUUAACCACACCCAUUUCAAGCUUUAAAGUGCGACUGAAUCGAACAACCAACCUCUCUUUGAAAAUGGCAUACAGUGAGGGAAAAAAGUAUUUGAUCCCCUGCU